UGGGCUUGGUGGUGGCGAUCUGUCUGUUCUACCAGACCCUGACACUCAGAGGGACAAGGAAGCUGACAGCUGCUGUCACUGGGGCAGCCCCAAACACAUCCACUGAAACCCAGGCAAGCAGAUGCCAGAAAGGAUUCUCUCUGGACAAACAGUGCUUCCUUCUCUCUGGUACUGCACAGGAAAUCAGGAAGGUGAUUUGGGCCCGUGGGAUCUGCUCAUUUGCCUGUCUUCUAGGAAUCCUGGUGGAAAUCCCUGCAUAUCCAAGGAAGACAUGUGCCAGCUAGGUUUACAUCAAAAGGUAAACAUAUUACCAGAAAUACAGCAUCAGCUUUGCAGAAAGGAAGGAUUAUGCCAAAUAAUUAGAAGAUUUCCAGAAUUGCGACUUCCAGUCAGUCCCUCCGUGUGUCUGGAUCAGCGUACACAGUUAAAACCUUCACGUCACCCUUCAGAAACAGUGAAGCCACAUACGUGGAAACCAUGGGAUUGGAGACAUGAACAACUGAACCAAACAACAGUCGUUGCUCCACAUGAAACCGUCUUUAGAACUGAAGAUCUAUCUGUGAUUCUUAAGGCGUAUGUGUUGGUGACAUCCUUAACCCCUUUGCGUGCAUUCAUUCAUUCAACUGGCACAGUUUGGAAUCCACCAAGGAAAAAACGCUUCACUGUCAAGCUGCAAACAUAUUUUGAGACAUUCCUGAGGGCCAGUUCACCUCUUCAGGCUUUUGACAAUAUGAAGGAAGCAAUAAGUAAACUCCUGCUAGCAGCUGAAGCAUUCAGUGAAACAUCUACUCUGGGACCAAAGGCCUUCAAUAGAUGCAGAUUAUGUUUUCAACUUUUAACAUUUGACAUUGGUUAUGGUAGUUUCAGGUACCCUGUAGUUCUACAGGUGCAUGAGCACUUAAAUUUUCAAAAUGAUGAUAAUAUGGAUUUUGAGGACCAAAAUACAGAAGAGUUCCUUUUAAGAGACACUUUCAAUUUUCUCUUCUCUAAUGAAUCUACAUUUUCUAUGUUUUCUGAAAUAUUUCAGAGACUUUACAGAUCAGGCGUGUUUAAAGGCAAAAACUAUUCAAAGGAACUAUAUCAAUGCCUGUCUUUAGAGGAUAUUAACUCAAUUAUGACUUUCAUAAAGGAACUUGGGAGUCUGGGACAAUUCCAACUGCUCUUCCCAUCUAGCACUCCUGGGAUUCAAGCUCUGAUGCAUGAAUUUUAUGAUAUGGACAAUCCUAUGGGGAAGCCUGGCUCAGUCCUGACCCAAUACUGGUCUCUUUUAAAUGUAUUUGAACAAUUUCGGCUCGUGAAUAAAAAGGCACAGCUACAUCCACUGGAAUGGAAUUCUUUUGCAGAGGAUGGGAACACUGGAAAACCGCAAGUGCCAUUUGAUGCAAUCGAAAAUAAAAAAGCUGCAGUACCGCAAAUUAUGAAUGAAACCAAAGAAAUACAUUGCAGCAAUGAUAAACACACACUAUGUCAUAUCAAGCAGAUCUUCACACAUCCACGUUUGGAACUAAAUCCUGAGUUUCACCCGAAGAUCAAAGAUUAUUACUCUGAAGUCCCAUUUGAUGUGGUGACAGUGACUAUUGGAGCUGAGACUUCUAAGUGUCAGUGCAAGGUGCACCUCUGUGAGCGGGCAGGGCCAAGCUUUGCCAGCUAUCCUCUGGGGUUAGGGAUGAACACAAUCUCAAUGUUUGUGGUGGAUGAAUCUCCAACACAGGGUGAAACUCUGGUCAUGUACAGGCUCACCAUCUACAGAGAAGACCGCCCAAGUCUGCCCUUGUUUGAGGACUUCACAGCUUGUGGUUUUGUACAGGUAAGUGAAUUUUACAAUUUCACUUGGCUUGAGUUGGGAACGAUCUGUUAGGCCAAGUGAAAAAUGCAAAUCCAAACUGAAAACUGCAAAUCCAAACUGUGGUCUCAUUUUAAAAGAGCAAGAGUCCCAGUCAGGCAUCUAAAGCGCCUCAUUGUGAACAGGUUUUCUUUUUGGUGUUGUGGCUACUCCUUGCACUUGUGUUUGGUGAGUUUAUUGUGGUUAAUAUUUAAAGAAAUGUCUGAGUACUCACACUUAGUUAUGAAAUUGGCUUCACAUUUCUCCUUUAAAGUGUGCUGUUUUUCUUGGAUUUGUCCCUGGAUCUACUUUUGAAGUUUUAAACUAUAUUCAGUGGAAUUCAUUUUAAAGAGC